AUGCCCAGUAACCGACAACUCCUUGCCGUCUUCCUGGCCCUCCUUGGAACUGAUUCCUGCAAUGGUUUCAGCAGUACUCUUUUUCAGCCACAACUCUCGCAACAGGUAACAGCACCGACGAUUCAACCUGGAGUGGAUAUUGAGCUCCCUGAUUUUGACGAAUUGUUUGUGAGAGUUCGAGGGACAUCUCCGCUGGCGAGAGUCGCCAUGCAAGGGGGGCAGCUCAAUGGUCAGCGAGGUUUGUCGGCAUUGGAGACAACUGUUGUCGACGAUGACCUGCCAUGGAAGACUGUGGAGAGCAACAAGAAUAGACUGGUUCAUCAGAUCCAAAAGAUUGAUAACUUUCAAGGUCUCAACGCUCCUCUGCUUCGCUUCCGCUGCAGAAUGAAGGGUCCUUGUUUGGCCCAUGUCUUUGCCAGCUUUCUCACCACCAAGGAAUAUCGAUCCAUGUGGGAUGAAAGUUUGGCCAAUGUCUAUGAGAAGUACCCUAUCGAAGACUUGGAUUGUGUCAACAUGGCAAUGGAAUUUGGCAAGUACGGGCAAUGUUCCAAGGUGGGCGUUGGGUACUGCACCACCAAGCCUAGCUUCGGUGUUGAUUCUAGGGAACAAUUGACCAUGUGUGGCAUCCAGGACUUCCACGAUGGAUCUAGCAUCAUUUGGGGAACCGAAAUGGAAGAUCACCACAAUCAUCUACUUCCCGAAGACGAAGCUCGUCGAACCAGAGCCAAGUCGCAUUUGUUUGCUACCACUAUGAUUCCGACUGGUCAUGAUACCUUUGAUGUCGAGUACGUUAUUCAAUUGGAAAUCGGGGGAAAGAUUCCCAAUUGGUUGACAACACCAAUCGUUAUCGAGAACGUCAAGAACAUGUUUCGUGUGGUGGAUGGGUACUUCAAAGAGGGCGAGGGAGGAGCUCUUGACGAGUACUUGAAGGACAGCUACCUAGAAGCAUUGGGUGACAAGUACUCUCUCCUUCUAACACCUUAG